AUGGGCAACUACAAAUCCGCAGCCAGAGCGGCCGCCGUCGCGCUCGCCUCGGCAGCAACGGUCGCAGCCCACGGGCACAUCACCAACAUCGUCAUCAACGGGGUGUCGUACCUCGGCUACGACAGCCCAGCCUACUCAUACAGCCCCAACCCUCCCCCGACGAUCGGCUGGAUCAUCGACCAGACCGACAACGGGUUCGUCUCGCCCGACAAGUUCGGCCACCCGGACAUCAUCUGCCACCGCAGCGCGAAGCCGGCGCCGGGCCACGCCACCGUCGCCGCGGGCGACAAGAUCAGCCUGCAGUGGCUUAACCCCUGGCCGGACAGCCACCACGGCCCCGUGAUCGACUACCUCGCGCGGUGCGACGGCCUGUGCGAGGAGGUCGACAAGACCAAGCUCGAGUUCUUCAAGAUCGACGGGCCGGGCUGGGUGUCGGGGGCGAACCCGGGCCUGUGGGCGGCCGACACGCUGAUCCAGAACAACAGCACGUGGCUGGUGCAGAUCCCCGCCAAUCUCGCCGCGGGCAACUACGUCCUCCGCCACGAGAUCAUCGCCCUGCACGCCGCCGGGUCGGUGAACGGCGCGCAGGCGUACCCGCAGUGCAUCAACAUCCAGGUCACGGGCGGGGGCACCAACAAGCCGAGCGGCGUCGUGGGCACGAAGCUGUACAAGUCCAACGACCCGGGCAUCCUGUUCAACCUGUACACCUCGCCGGUCAACUACAUCGUGCCGGGCCCGACACUGAUUGCGGGAGUGCCCAUCUCGGUGGCGCAGAGCAGCUCGAGGAUCACGGCGUCGGCGAGCCCGACCCUCGGGAACAGCGGUGGCGGCGGAGCGACGACCACACCGACGACCAGCAAGGGCCCGACGAGCACGCCCCCGAUCACCACCCUGACCACCACCACGAAGCCGACCACCACCGCGAAGCCGACGACGACGCCGCCGCCGGCGGGAGGUCCGGCACAGACUCGCUAUGGACAGUGUGGAGGGAGCGGGUGGACGGGACCGUCGGCGUGCGCCCAAGGGUCGUCGUGCUCGGUUCUUAACGAUUAUUAUUACCAGUGUCUGUGA